CCAAUAUGUUCCAAGGAAUAAUGGGUGUUCUUCCAAGAACAACCAGCAUCAAAGUCUCUUCAAGACGUCUGUUUGCUGCUCUUCACCACCAUGAAGCGCGUUACACAACUCUUUUUUGCAGCCUUGCUGUGGCUGUUAUUCCUGUUCGCCCCCAAAGGGUUUUGUGACCAGAGAGUUCAUUGCCAGUGGGGGCCAUAUGGUGACCGGUCAGAGUGUGAUGGCUGCACCAAAACACAGCUUUGCUGGAUAUUUGAUGUAGGAUCUGAUCCCCCUCUCCUUCAGGUGGCUUCGGAUUCUCCUGCAUCUUGGUUCUUGGUCAGAGUAGGUGUGGUCUCCAUGAUCUGUCAGUUCCCUCUUUCCCUAUGCGGCUCCCAAAACUUGCUGCCUCGUGUCCCAGGAAAGUGUAUCAGCCAGUCUCUGGUGUGUAACGGAGAUCAGGACUGUGAGGAAGAUGGACAGGAUGAGCAGGGCUGCGACGUGGGAAAACACAUUGUGAGUUUACAUUCAGUUCUCCCACCCAACAUUGAACUCCUAGGAAUUGGGUACCAUGUGCUUACAGGUGGGCGGAGGGCCAGUGUCAUCAACACAAAGAGCCAGUGUGGUGUCAUCUACAGCGGCGUCCACAAUGCUCUCUACAGGCUGCCCCUACUCUCCAGUACAGCUUUUUGGUUGGUCACUCUGGAAACAGUAAACACCUACACUGGGUAUUUUUGUAAAUCUAAACAUCAGGUUAAUAAAAAACGCCACUGUAUCUGUAGAGUGUGGCCUCUAUUUACCCAGUACUUUCUGAGACUGACUUCUGUGUUUUGUUUUCCUUUAACUUCUUGUUGCUUUCUAGCCAGCCAAAGCCACCAGUCUCAUGAAUGUGUAAGGACUCAACGCUGGAUUCUUUUUUUCCGCAUCUCUGACCGCGUACACUGCACAAAUAGUCAAGGAGGAUGGUCAUCAUCCACUGGUAAUACCAGGAAAAAUAAUCUUCCACAAAAAGUGGAGUUGGAGGGUGGAGGCACUUCACAAAUCGCUGCACUGAAGGCCAUACAGCUCUCUGAUCCGGACAGGAACUGGGAAAUAUACUCAAACUGGGCGGAUUCUGUCAGAUCAAUUCCACAGGUCACAAAACAAACACUGCGGCUGCUGUCAGAGCUGGUGAAAGAGGUUCAGUGUGCUGGGGUGAAGAGGCUGUACCUUCGCAGGGCCAUAGAGCAGUACCUUGCUGAGAGUGACACCUGCCACUGCCGGCCUUGCAGCAACAAUGGCUUGGUUGUCAGGGAUGGAGAUGAAUGCAAAUGCAUCUGUAAGCACGGCUCAUCUGGAGUGGCCUGUGAGCAAGGAACUGAAGUGGAGGGUCAGCAGGGAGUGAUCCAUGGUAGUUGGGCUUGUUGGUCUGACUGGUCAUCGUGCUCUGGAGUCAAAAGAUCACGAAGUCGCUCUUGCUCUAAUCCCACUCCUCAAAACGAUGGACAACAUUGUAUUGGAGAAUCCACCGAGAUAUCUGAAUGUGAAGACCAAGACCUGCAAUACCUAAAGUUAGAGCAAGUUGAAGUUUGAUUUUGCUAUAUGAAUUUCGAUACAAUUUUUGUAAGAGGCACCGGCCUGCAUUGAAUUUCCAAUAAGAGGAAGUUUCAUGCUGAGUCACAUCAAUGCGUAGUCAUACAGUGUUCUAACUGUAGCUAUUUUUCUGCAGAACAAUGGCGCCUCAAUGUUUUGACCAAACUCUCCCAACCGGUCAGAAAUGUGAACACAGGAAGAUUUCACUGCUUUUAUAAAAUCUAGACCACAUUGGGCCAAGUCCAGAUCAAAAACCAUUAUACUUAGACAGGUCAAAUCUGAACUUGAUUAUUCUCUGCAUUGUAGCCUACACAUUCUCUGUAUUUUUGUUUGCAUCCUAAUAAGCAGACUGAAAAAUAAAAAAAGCAUAUAUAUAUGUGUGUGUGUGUGUGUGUGUGUGUGUAUAUAUGUAUAGAUAUAGAUUCCCUGUCAUAAUA